CGCCGGCAGGAACAUGGGCUAUAGAAUACAUAAGGAUAGGGUUUCGAAAACGCGCCGUGUUAAGCGACGUCCUACUUCCACAAAUCUACCGAUCUCGUACUUGCGAAAAUGCGUGGGCGGCGAAGGCACGAGGAAGGCGAGAAAGUAUAUUAAGGAGGCGUUAGAUUUCGCUGUCGAGUCCGGCUAUCUUAUUCCCUCCGACUCGACGUAUAAAGUUCUACACGUAUCCGCGGACUUGAUGAAGAGCAACCCGCGGACGAGCAGAAUUGAUACAUGCGACACGGGUCUGUCUAAGGAACGCGACUCACCGGCCAGACUCGAGGACCUCCAAGUGCAAGAGCAACGGAAACGAAGGAGACGAAGAGGUCGCCCACGGGGUCGACGAUCGAGAAGCGUCUCGAGAAGACGUCGCAGAAGCAGGACGAGAAGCAGGAGACGUAGAAGGAGGAGUAGGAGCAAGAGCAGAUCGCCCAGAGUACGCAGUAGAUAUGGCAGCCCGCAGAAUCCCGAAGAGGUUGCCGAGGACGAGGUGGACGAUUACGAGAUGGAUGAGAACGAUCGAAAGAGCAAUAUUCACACGGACGACAUAGAAAGGGAGCCAAAGACCACGCGAUCGAAGCAGCUCGACGAGGGGCAAUCCACGAAGAAGACUGAAGAAGAAAACGGCUCGGAUUUGUCGGCCGACGAGGACGAAACCGACGACGAGGAAGAGGGAAAGAAAACUGACAUUACGAAAUCCUAA